AUGAUGAACGGAGGGGGAAAGGGGAUGGAGGGGACGGAUAAAGAGUCGCUGAUGAUGGAGCUGACACGUCUGGUUCAGAAGACAGUGAAGGAGAGUAGCUGGUGGGAGCGGAGAGGCAUCGACAUCACUAUCCUGGCCCUCGCCUUUCUCCUGCUACCCCCAGCAUUCCUGCUGCUUGGUUCAUCCCAGGCCCUGGUGUUUGUCCUGGGCAUGGUGCUGAUGGGCGUGUCCCAUGCUGUCAUCACCAUCAAGGGGACCCAUCUGGCAAGUCACGGAUCGCUGAGCGAGUCCCCUACCUGGGCCGAUGUCUGGGCUGUGUUUUUCAUAGAGGUGUGUGGGUCGUUCACAGCGAGGGCAGGUGUAACAGGCCACAUUAAGAUGCACCAUGCCCACACCAACGUGAUCGGCCUGGGUGACUCCAGCACCUGGAAGAUACCCUACCUGCCCCGGGGUGUAUACCUGUUCAUUGCCCCCCUGGCUGUACCUGUUAUCACUCCUCUGGUGGCACUAGGUCAGCUGAAAGAACACUCAAUGGGCCAGGCCCUGAGGACAGUCCUGAUGGUGUUCCUGGGGUUGUAUGCUCAGUACUGGCUGUUGAUCCAUGUCUCUGGGUUCCAGUGUCUUUACAGCACCCUCCUCUGUAUGCUGCUCUGCAGGGCUAUGUUCUCCCUGCCCUACAUACACGUUAACAUCUUCCAACACAUCGGCCUGCCUAUGUUCUCCCCGACCUGUCGGCCCAAGAGGAUUUACCAGAUGACCCACGGGGUUCUGAACCUUCCUCGGAACCCCCUGCUGGACUGGAUCUUCGGACACUCCCUCAUCAACUGUCACGUGGAACACCACCUGUUCCCCUUCCUCUCCGACAACAUGUGUCUCAAGGUAAAGCCCAUCGUGUCCCAGUAUCUGAAGGAGAAGGAGCUCCCAUACCAGGAGGAUAGCUACCUCUCCCGUCUGCAGCUCUUCUUUCACAAGUACCAGGAGCUCAUGGUUUUCGUCCCACCCAUCACAGAGCUGGUGGGGGUGCAGUAA